AUGGCAGGAUCAUCAGUUGAGAAAGUCCAGAAUGGUUUGUCUGGUCUUUCUCUCGGUGACCAGAUGAGCAGCAACAGUAGUACCAAUGGUGGUAAUGCUCGUGGUGAUAAGAAUACAGGCAUUGUAGUAGUUGAUAAGUCUAAGGAUACACAUCAUACCUACAAAGUGUUCUAUUACAAGGAUACAAUCUUUACCACCGUAACCCAUACAGCAUCUGUGGUCGAUCAAUGGCUUGCGGAUCUCUACAAAGAUUACGACGUCACUAAGUUGAAUAAUAGUAUUGUUGUGGGUCUUGAUAUCGAAUGGAUACGAUUAAGAAGUGACAACAGCGUUAGACGAAACAAAGUUGCUGUGUUGCAAUUGUGUUUGGAUAAACGUUGUCUUAUAUUUCAGUUCGCGUGCUGUGACCAAGUUCCCAAAUCACUCAAGGAUUUUCUUGGUAACAACAAGUUUAUCUUUGUUGGAUCUGGGGUCGAUGCCGAUGCCCACAAGCUUAAGGUCGAUCAUGGUUUGAUGGUUGCUAGAACUGAAGAACUUGGCAGUUUGGCUGCUUAUAAGCUCCCUGACAGUAACUGGCUUCACAGAGCUGGGUUGAAGAAUUUGGUAAAAGAGGUUCUCCAACAAGAGUUGCCAAAGAGGGGAUACGGAUACCCCCUGUUAAGCAACUGGGAAAGUGAUUUCUUAAGCGAUGAACAGAUUGAAUAUGCUUGUUUAGAUGCUGUUGUUUCGUUUAAACUAGGUUUUUGUUUGAUGAGUCGAGCCGAGCCGAGCCGAGCCGAGCCAAGCCAUUACGUUCUUAUCGGAACAACAAGAACAACAACCCCCAGCCAGAGAUGA